AAGAAGAAUUAUUUAUACCAAAAUUAGGAAAUCAAAAAUUUUCUACUCUAACAGAAUUAUCACAGAAAGAAGAUAAUUUCAAUAUCAAUGUUUAUCAAACAACUUCAUCUUUAACAUCUAUGAAUGGUUCACCAGUAAUGUUCACACCAGAUCAAAAGAAUAUUGUAGCAUGCAGUUCAAAUUUCCAGUCGCUACAUAAUCAAACUGCUGCUCCUGUUAUGAAAGAAAUCACACCUGAUCAAAUAUUAAAUAUGCCAAUAGUCUUUGCAGAUGAACUCCAAAAAGAAGAAGUAAAGCAUAGUGUUGAUAACAGUUCCAAUUUCGUUGCGAAUUUAAAUAAAUUUAACGAACAGAAAGUGAUUGUCAAAGAAAAACCUGUAGAUGAAGACAAACAUUUUGAUGUCUUAUGUCCUACUAUUUCGAGGACUCUGAUUCCCGAAUGUCUAAAAUUUAAACAGGUUGCAUAUGACUCACCUUCCAAAUUCAAGCUAGUAGUAAACAAACCACCAAAAGGCCUAGUACCCUUUGGUUUCCAAACAUGCUCUGUACCUAGUCGAAAUUCAGGAAAUAUUAAAUUUGUGAACGGAUUACCUAUGUCAGGGAUUAAAAUCGAAAGAUUUGAAGAAGGAUCAAAUUCUAAGGUUGUACCAAAAACUGUCUCGAUCCGUAACAUACAAGACGGGAACAUCAAAAUUAUCAAAAGUACUACUGGACAACAGAUACAUUUUAAUAAAAUUAAAACAUUGGCAACCACACCAAACCUUAGGAAAAUUAUAUAAUAUCAAAUUUUAAGACUAAAGUGAUGAAGAUGCACACACACACAACCUUCACAAGCUGCAGUUAACAAAAGCAACUUAGUUAAUAAAAUAUUUAUAUUAAUUUUAUGAAUUAAUUUUAUAUUUAUAUUUUUUAAUAUAUAAUAUUACAUAUAUAUGAACACAAAUAAAUCAGUUUUGUUUUUUGAGGUUGGAAAGCUGAUGUAUUGACUUCUUUCAAUCUUAGUGGUGUUCUAUUUGAACGUUUUCCAAAUCGUAUCAUUUGCACUUUGGUCUAUGCAAAAAGUUUCUUCAAUGCUUUGAUUACAUGGCGAUGGUGUACGGUUAUCCUCUACCAGCGGGUAGAUAUAGAUGUGUUGUCAUAAGGUUUACCAAAACGAGGACAUUGUAGGGUUUUGUUUGCACAACAUUGUAGAAAUGCAUGUGUAUGCACAA